AUGAGUACAGCUCUGAAUUACAAGUCUCUUUCCAAGGAACAGCAGACGAUGGACACCCUGGAGAAGCAGCUUAUCUGUCCCAUCUGUUUGGAAAUGUUCACAAAACCUGUGGUGAUUCUUCCGUGUCAGCACAACCUGUGUAGAAAGUGUGCCAGUGACAUUUUCCAGGCCUCAAAUCCAUACUUGCCAACAAGAGGAGGUACUACAGUGGCAUCCGGUGGUCGAUUCAGGUGCCCCUCCUGCAGACAUGAAGUGGUUCUGGACAGACAUGGGGUGUAUGGACUUCAGAGGAACUUGCUGGUGGAAAACAUCAUUGACAUCUACAAGCAGGAGUCCACCAGGCCAGAAAGAAAGUCCGAGCAGCCCAUGUGUGAAGAGCAUGAGGACGAACGGAUCAACAUUUACUGCCUGAACUGUGAGGUACCCACCUGCUCCAUGUGCAAGGUCUUUGGCGCUCACAAAGACUGUCAGGUGGCUCCCCUCACACAUGUUUUCCAGAGGCAGAAGUCUGAGCUCAGCGAUGGCAUUGCAGUCCUUGUGGGAAGCAAUGACCGAGUCCAAGGAAUAAUCAGUCAACUGGAAGAGACCUGCCGGACUGUCGAGGAAUGUUGCAGGAGACAGAAACAGGAGCUGUGUGAAAAGUUUGACUAUCUAUAUGGCAUCCUAGAGGAAAGAAAAAAUGAGAUGACACAAAUCAUUACAAGGAGCCAAGAGGAGAAAUUGGAGCAUGUCCGGGCACUGAUUAAAAAGUAUGCGGAUCAUUUGGAAACAGUAUCCAAGUUGGUUGAGUCAGGAAUUCAAUUCAUGGACGAGCCAGAAAUGGCUGUCUUCUUACAGAAUGCCAAAACACUGUUACAAAAAAUUUCUGAAGCAUCCAAAGCAUUUCAGAUGGAGAAAAUAGAACACGGCUAUGAAAACAUGGACCAUUUUACAGUCAACCUCAAUCGAGAAGAAAAGAUAAUAAGAGAAAUUGACUUUUACAAAGAGGAAGGGAAAGAAAAAGAAGAGAAAGGUGGCACAGUGGAUAAGGAGGAGGAAGAGGAGGAAGUGGUAGAAGAAGCAUUGGAAGAUGUCUGUACAGAGUCAUCUGGGGAGGAAGAAAGUCCUGAAAAAGGAACACAGCUCCCUUCACUGGACGCUGAAUACUCUGCACCCGAGGUACUUCCUACAGCACCUGUAGAACUACCACCAGCCCCAGCAGCCACUGCAGCCAAUCUUGUCACUCAGGGAGAGGUGGUGCCAAGUGGUGCUCAACAGACUCCACAGUCUGAAACUCAAGUGCCAUCAACAGCAGCGGAAACCCUGGAUCCCUUGUUUUAUCCUAGUUGGUAUAAGGCCUCCAAACGGCAAGGCACCAACCCAACUUCCACCCAAGUGAGUGAAGGUUCUGGUCAAGUAGGGCCGUCAGUUUCUGUGGAUGCCACUGGGCAGAAGGCAGAAGAGGCAGAAACCACCGCAGCAUCCAGUGAGGGGGCAUCAGUGAGUGGUAAGGAAACUAGCCCACCUGCAGCUACUUCUCAGGUCAGUUUUGAACUCAGUCCAGUUCAGGGACAGCUAGGUGCUUCAGGGAGCAGUGAGGGAGCCGAGAAUGAGCCCACCCGCCACGUCUUCUCUUUUUCCUGGUUAAACUCCCUGAGUGAAUGAUGUUCAUUCCAGCUGCUACCUCUCUGUCUACUUGGCUAAGGGACAAACAGAGGCAGCAGGUGACCUAGAUGAAAUGAAUAUGAAGUAGUGAAUGAAUGGGACCUCCGAAUGAGUUUUCUGCAAAAAGCUUUGAUUCCAUGUUAGUUACCUGACUUUUAGAGUGGAGGAAGAGUACUUUGGGGAACGAACUGCCUCAACAAGGAGGAAAAAUGAGAUGAUUUUGUUAUAAUGCUAUGAAGACACUAU